GUUGUCGCUCCCCAACGUGGCGAGGCAGGGCUAUAAAAGAGAGCGCUCGAGGUCCCAGUGCAACAUCGAGACCUCAGGGCAAACACCAACCUCCGCCGCCACCUUCGCAUCACAGAGGCUGCGCCGCAACAUUCUAUCCAAGAUGGGCAGGAUCGUCUUCUACGAGGACAAGAACUUCCAGGGCCGCCGCUACGAGUGCGACAGCGACUGCUCCGACUUCCACACCUACUUGAGCCGCUGUAACUCCAUCCGUGUCGAGAGCGGCGCCUGGGUGGUGUACGAGCGGCCCAACUACAUGGGCUACCAAUACGUCCUGACCCGAGGCGAGUACCCGGAGUACCAGCGCUGGAUGGGCCUCAAUGACCGUCUCAGUUCCUGCAAGAUAAUCCACUUUACCAGCGGGGGCCUCUAUAAGAUGCAGCUGUACGAAAAGGCCGACUUCGGGGGCAAAGCUUUCGAGGCCACGGAGGACUGCCCCUCGCUCCUGGAGAAGUUCCGCUGGAGGGAGGUGAACUCGUGCAAGGUCUACGACGGCUGGUGGGUGUUCUACGAGCACCCCAACUACCGCGGGCGCCAGUACUUCCUAGAGAAGGGCGAGUACCGCAAGCCGGGCGAUUGGGGCGCGGCCAGUGCUGCGGUCCAGUCCUUCAGGCGUUUAACUGAAUGAACCCAUUACCAACCCGUACCAUCGACAUGUUACCCUACGAUCUGUGACAGGAAAUGAGAUUUUGAACUGAGGUUGAAAAAAUAAAAACCUGUCCAGA